AUGAACUUUGUAAUUAGAAAUACUUUUUUAGUUGGUAGAAAUAUUACUACCAAACCAUUUUUAAGAUCAUACUCCACCCAAGUUUUAGGAAAUGAAUUAAGCGAAAUUUUAAAACAAGCUAAGGUCGCUAAAUUACAAGAAAGACUUUCAUUAGACCCAAGAACUAAAAUCACCUUUACCGAAUUUGAAGGUAUUUGCAAAGAUUUUGGUAUCAAUGAAAGUGAUAUCAAAACUGUAUCAAAUGCACUUUCCCAAACUGGUUCAAUUAUUUAUUUACCAAAUAGUGUUAAUGAAAAUUUAAAAACAAGUGUAUUUUUAAAACCAUCACAUAUUUACCAAUCAUUAGAGCAAGUUUUAGAUAUUGAAAAUAAAGGUGUUGGUUUACAUAAAUUAAUUGAAUUUAAAAAAAGCGAUAUUGCGGAAUUAAAAAAAGAAAUUCAACCAUUACAAGAAAAAAAAGAUAUCAUUGAUAGAAAAUCUCAAAGAAGAGCCACUAGUCUUAUUUGGAUGGGUUUGGGUUAUUGUUUUGCUCAAGCCGCAGUUUUAGCUAGAUUAACAUGGUGGGAUUUAUCAUGGGAUGUUAUUGAACCAGUCUCAUAUCAAGUUACUUUUGCAAGCGUUCUUAUUGCUUAUACUUAUUUCGCUGUUACCAAAACUGAAUUUACCUAUGAAGCUUUACAUAACAGACUUUUUUCAAAGAGACAAGAAAAACUCUUUAGAAGAUAUAAUUUCCCAAAAGAUCAAUACUUUGCCCUCGCAUCUAAACUUGAAAAGAAAGAAAAGGAACUUGCUAGUUUAGAAGCUGUUGAAAAUAAUCAUUUACACCACCACGAUAAAUUAUAA